AUGGCUGAACCAGCAGGGCCGGAUGAUCCCAGCCCUCCUUCGGUGGACUUUGGGGGUGGCAGCGAUGAGUCGCCCCCCCCCGCCGAGGGAACAGGUGCAGGGGGGCCGAGCCAUGCCGGUCCUGUGGAAAGGGAGGCAACGUUCCAAGAGGGCGUGAUGCGACCUAUGAGGGUGCAUAGCGCCUUGAAAAAUUCGAAGACCUUCGAGGAGUUCCGACGGAAUAGACCCUUCAAGUUCCUCCACUUGUACUCGGGCCCUAACGAUCCUCUUGGGAAAGCCAUCAAGGUCGAAGCAGCUCGAAACAGACUUGAGGUCGUGGUUCUGAGCCUGGACAACAAGUUGGACCCCACUCUGGACUUGUCUAGGCCGGCAAGUCAUCAGACGAUGAUGCAGGCAGAUCGUGGAACCAGAAUGGCAGUUCAGUCUGCGGAGGUCUAUGAAAAGCAGGUGAAAGCCUGCGAAGCACGUAAAGUUCCACCUCUUGCAACUUUAGAAAACCCCCCUGGAAGUGAAGAGUCGGGGAGUGCAUGGGAUCUACCUGAACUGCAACAGAAGUUAGAAGUCACUGGUGGAUCCAAGGUGCACUACAACACGUGCGCCUACAUGAUCAAGGACAAGGCGAGGUUCAAGAAACCGGGAGUAUGGGCAGGCCGGUUGGAGAACAUUAGAAAACUCUCCAAGGUGUGCAUGUGUCCAAAUUGGGUUACACAUGUUGCGCUGGUGGGCAAACAGCUUACAGCAAGUGCGGCACAGUACCCGGCGGCGUUGGCAGAGGCAGUCGCUGUCGAAGUUGUGGGAGUUUGGAAGAAGACCCUCAACCUCGAAUGGUGGAGGUUCAAGUUGGAGACAAAGUCGCAGGAGGUCAGCGAUCUUCAGAAGGCCUGGUUGGAAAACGAGGACAAAAAGAGCAGAGGUGAGACAGAAAGAACCCCUGCAUCAAAACGAGCUGCAUCGAUGGCCUUCAAGAUCGACAACAUCGAGAGCGAUGACUUGCCUUCGGGUUCAAAGGGGACCCCAUCGAAGAAGAUCAAGGAGAACCACAACAUGCUAGCCGUGGGAGGGAUGAGAAACCCCGCCAGGAGCGUCCGACGACUCACACAGCUGGGGGACGUUGGGAGAAAGAUCGCUCGCUUGUGGGACGAGUUCAUGGAGUCCCACCCAACAUCGAUCCGAGUUGCCGCAAACUAUGGCAAGCCCGACAACGCCUUUGAUCAGGAGUUGGUACAACUAUGGCGCGACACGCUCAAGGACCACCUGGCGGAGAUCGUCGAGAAGCCGGUGGUGGUCAAGGAGAAUUGGGAGUUCACAUCACCCCUGGACGCAGAGCUGUGGCAAGCAUGGGGAGCCGAGGCAGGAGACCCUGACCUAUGCCUGCCAGAUUUCAUCAGACGCGGUUCCUCUGGGGAUGGAAGUGCCGAUACCUCCGAGCGGAGUGAGGACGUGAACACGGACCCAGCGGGGGAGUUUGAGGCCCUCAAGUUCCAGCGCAACUACCAAUCGGUGAGAGACCAAACCACGGAGGCAACAAUCGAGAUUGACCGUUACGUCAACAAUGGGUUCGCAAAGAGGGUGAGCUGGGACUGGGUGAAACAGACCCUCGGCACCAUUGGCACCGUGUCCAAAAUGGCCCUCAUUCUGAAGGAGAAGGAGGACGGGUCGGUCAAGAGGAGAAUCAUCUUGGAUAUGAGAAGGAGUUUUGGUAACUCCAGGUCAAAGGUCGAUGAAAGGAUCGUCCUACCUCGACUGUCGGAUGUGGUGGCAAUGCUCCAAGACAUCUGGAAGAGGCGAGGUGGGGCGAAGGCCAAACGCAGGGACACGAACACCGAUGACUUUGAGUUCUACCUCAUUGACCUCACCAUUUUGGAGUGCUGA